UGGAAAUAGCGCCAAGAGAGGAUACAAAUACUUCUGGGAGUCUUUCAUCCACGAUUACAAAGUUUUCCAAGAUGGUCAGAAUUUUUUAAUAAAGGCAAGAUGUUAUCGAUCACAAAGAAAAAACGAGCCACCUCAUUCAUUAUUUGUAACUUUGCGACGGACAAUGUACUGAGUGCUACUUGCUCUUGUACAGUGGGAGAAGCAAUUUGCUGUCAUUCUUUAGCAUUGUUGUACUGCACUGCGCAUUUCAGCAAUCUCCAACUAAAGAAAGUCCCCCCAGCUAUCACUGGCACUAUGCAAUUACAAUCAUGGCAUCAUCCAAGAAGCGAAGGAUUCAAGCAGCUGCCUAUCCAAAAAAUUAUUAUUCAAAAUCCAUGUUCGAAAUCCAUCAGAACAAUUCGCAGCACUCUACACAAACCUGGAAGAAUCCCGCAAUGGCAGAGCUUUCUAAAUUUUAGUCAAUAUAAUAUUCAGUUAAAUACAAUUUGGCCGUCAAAUCCAUCUUCUGUUGUAAGUAUUUCAACAAAUUUUGGACAAGCACCAUUUGGGAGUCCUCUAGCAUAUCAGCAGAUAUGUGAUGAGAAAAGUUUUGAAUUCCCUUCUCUCCCUCUGUCUAGUUUGUCUCCACAGACUAACACGGUGUUAACAGAAAUGCAACACAAAGUGAUGCAAAAUCUGACUUUGGGCAGAGAAGAUUGUAAACACAUUGAAUUUAUUCAGUAUAACUCUCCGAUUUGGCACCAACAACGAAAAUUUAGAAUUACAGCAUCCAAAUUUGGCCGAAUUUAUAAACGUGUUUCAAAUUUUGACUCCCUUGCUUCAAAUCUUACUUCUUCCAAAUUAUUUCAAACUGCAGCAAUGAAAAGAGGUAUCCAAAUAGAACCAGUAGCAGUAAAAUUAUACGAGGAAAUAAAAAAAUGCCAGUGUUCCCCAUGUGGAUUGGUAAUAUCUUCAACUUGUCCCUGGUUGGGGUGUUCACCAGAUCGCAAAGUUCACGACCCAUCUUGUGAUGGCAACCUAUGCUAUGGCUUAUAAGAAGCCAAAUGCCCUAUGUCUGACACUUUUGACAAGGUUUCUUGUCUUUUUAAAAAUGAUAAAGGGGAAUGGACAUUGAAAAUGAAUCAUGAUUAUUAUUUUCAAAUAAUGGGGUGUUUAGGAAUCACAGGACUCAAGUGGUGUGACAUCAUUAUUCUUUUACCUUCGGGUGCAUGUUUUAUUGAUCGCAUAUAUUUUGAUGAUGCAUAUUUUCUGGACCUACAAAUGCGUCUGGAAUCCUCUUUUUAUGAUCAUUUCAUAAAUACGGUUGCAACAAACAUGCCAUCUUGAGGACAAAAAUUUUUCACUAUGUGAAAUGUCUGAAGGAUAAUUAUAUAUCAAGAGAAAAAACUUGCCUAGGCAUUUAUGUAUUUUAUUGCUUUAAAUUUAGAAUGUAGUAACCAGUUGCUUUGGGCUUUCAACUAUUUUUCAAUAAAUUAGUAUUUUGUGUAUUCGCCAUAGUGCAAUUUGUUGAAAACAGGCGAGACAGGCAGUACAAAAG